AUGCUCAGUAUAAUCGACGAAAAUGAAAUCAAGACUGGAACUUACAAGUCCGACUCGAAGAAAACCCUUUUGGAUUUACCACAGAAUGUGAUUACGAGGAUUAUUGAACACGUAGCCUCAUACGCAGAGCGUGAACACUGUCGUCUUACAGUCAACAGGGCAAUGAAUUCGCUGGGCUCUUUGGCGAAGGAGAUACCAACGAUCCCGAUGAGAACAUCGAAUGAAACACUUUCGAUUGACUCUGCAUCUUCGACGAUUAGUUACUAUCUUUGCUAUCUUCAACGUGACCGAGAUCCGAUGCUUGAUAGUGCGGAGUCCUUUGGUUCGGUCAACACGUAUUUUUAUCAGCUCUCUGCACCCAUCUUGUGGAAAAAGCUCUUGUUUCCUACGCGUUUCCCCAUUUCAAUUUCCCUAUGGACAGAUGAUAUCCUACCAAAACACGGUCAUCUCGUUCGUGAUAUAUCCUUCACCUUGGGUGAAAGCUUCGGUUCGCCGAAUUCCUCAUACCCACCUGAGUAUGAGAACACGCUCAUCUACAAAGCUAAUAAUCGGCAGCAAAUUAUCGAACAACGGGAUGUACACUGCUAUGGAACUUUUCUAGGGCUUUCUCCCGGUACGAUUCUUAAAAUCUUCGAGCUGUGUCCUAAUAUCAACUCGAUUAAGCUUAGGUGCCCAACGAUCAGCGCGAUGGGUGAUAUCAGUCAAUCGGAUUUUAUCCAUGAAAUGUCUCGUCGGUUGAAUCGGUUCAUACCAAAGUGUUCCCGGCUGACAAAACUGAGUAUCUUGUUGCAAGACGGAAUGCCUUUACCAAUCACCUUGAUAAGCUCUCUCUUGGAUCAAUUACCCAUGUUAUCAUCAUUCUCUUGCUUAGGCUGCCCUGUUGAUAACAACUCAAGAAGGAUGCUUGAUGAUGGACGUGCGCAGGAUGGCUUCGCUUUGGGCCAAUCGAUCUCUCAACUUGAUCAUCUCACUCACCUUCAUCUUUACGCGACCGAUUUCGAAUUUAAAACUUGGACUCGGUUUACCUGGCCUAGCAAGAUCACUGAACUAACGCUCAUGAGAUGUGUUGGUUUUUAUGGGUUCAAGUUUCACAAACUUUUGCAACACAUUGCACCUCAACUUGUCACUCUUACUCUGCAAUUUGGUGGUGAUCUACACCGUUCUUCGGAUUUUUCCCCAAACGAACCUCGGUGUACUUUACCAGCGCUCACCAAACUCACCCUUUACGCCGAGGGACGAUACCCACUACUCAUCUCUGCUUUUGAAAAGUGUAACGCUCUGCAAGAAAUUAACUAUUUUGACUUGAGUUCUUUAGAUUGGUUGCAUCUUCCCGAACUCAUAAGUCGCCCUGCCUGGCCUGAGCUCCAGGAAUUGGAGCUUACUACUUCUGAUCAUUUCAUCAAGUCUUUACGUCAUCAUGAAAAUCGUUUGAAAGAUCAAGUUAAGAAGGCCUGUCUUGCCCUCAAUAUCUCAUUGGUAAUUAAAGACCCACCACUAAAAGGAUCUGUCUCAUAGUUCAAGUUUUCUUGUGGUAAAUUUUCUAACCGCUUGGAAAGAGUUUGAGCGAUUUGUUAGGGUUAUGUCGUUUGUUUAGGGUUCUCUAUCAAUCAUUCCUGGUGGCAACUCUGUGGGUACUCGAAGUUAAAAUGUAAAAAAUCUCUCAUCACCUAUAUGUAGUUUUUGUUCAAUUACACCUGGCUUUGUAACUGGAUCUGAAUGUCAUUUGGAACACCAUUAACUGAAAAAU